UGGUUAAGGAAGAUGCUUUCCUACAGAAUGGGAAUAAGCAGUUUUCGAUGGAUCGCCCUGCUGAUGACGCUACACAGCUUUGGGCUUACCGAGGCUUAUUUAUGCAUGUGUUCACCGAAUAGCUGUGUGUUAGUACAUCCUAAUACCGAAUUUUUUGAGCAUGCUGAUGCGCAUUGUUCAUCAUUCAGGACUGUCGCUCAGGAUGUAUCGAUUAUCAAACUGAUGGACAAGAAGCUUUCUUCGGAGGCGUUCAAGAAGUUUCCAAACAUGAAUUCGAUGGAGAUUUUCCAAGGACAUCUUGAAAACAUCGAUUCUAGCACGUUCAGUGGCGCCGGAAAGCUAACAAAACUGUUGAUAAGGGGCAGUAGUAUAGAGAAACUGGAUGAUUAUUCCUUCAAAGGUGCUGAUCAACUCAAAGAACUGCUCAUAUCGUCGAAUCCGUUGACUGAAGUUUCAGAAAAGACGAUUGCUAAUUUGGAACAGUUAGAAAUUUUAGUCCUCAGUUAUGGAUCUCUCAGUACAUUGCCAAGCGCCUUCUUCCAGAACAACCGCAAAUUGAGAAUAGUUUCUCUGAACAAUAAUAAGAUUACCGAGCUAAGCGCAGAAGUAUUCAGAGGAUUGGAUCAGUUGGGAAAGUUAGAGCUAGCAGGCAAUCAGCUCAAGACUUUCGAUUCAACCUAUUUGAAAGCGUCUGUGAUAGUGAUGAGCAACAACAGCUUAGAGCAUUUGGUUAUCAAUGAACAUUGCAGUUCGAUGUAUGCCGGUCAUAAUAAAAUCCAAACGGUGACCGUUGAAGGAAGUGGUCUAUUGAAAUUGUUUUUGAAUAACAAUAAUAUUAAAGACAUCGGCAAUCUGACGAAGCUGCGAAAUUUGACAACAUUAUCUCUAGGCCAUAACGAAUUGGAUCCAAACACGUCGUUUAGUUCAUUCAUAGCAGUGGAAGAACUAAUGCUUCAAUCGACUAAUAUCAACAUAUCUUACCAAACGUUCAGAAAUCUGACAAAUCUGAAAAUUCUUGAUUUAUCCUACAACAAUUUGACAAGCGUUGAUUUUAAAAUGUUUGGAUCGCAACUGUCCUUACAUGUCGUAAGCUUCGUAGGCAACAAAAUCAAAAGUUUCAACUAUAUCGAAGCUAGAGAAUAUCUACCCAGUUUGCGGGUGCUCGAAAUCUGCAACAAUGGAUGGAACACCACUUACUUUGAGCAGAACAUAGCCAAAAUGAAACGUUUCUCGAUCAGCCCAGACAGUCAUGGCUUCUCAUCGGACUUUUUAUUCAGACAUGACUACAUUCACAUGUGCGCCGAACACAUAAUAUCAGAAUAUUCGGACUACGAUUACCAGUUUCCACCAUCUUUAGGCGAAAUGGAUGCAACGAACGAGGAAGAUAUCAAUGAACAAUACACCUCCACUUCAACAACAUCAACUACCACGACGACAACACCGGUGCCGAAAACUACAGAACGUCAAGCUUUGACUUCAACCGAGAGAAGCAAUAUCGUUCCUGCCACAUCGGAGCGUCAUCAUGUCAUAGAACACGACUCCAAAAUCGUUGAUAACGUCCAACCAGCCGAGCAAACAUCGGCACUAUACGUCACCUUCCAGAUCUUGGUCUACAUCCUGUCCGUUGUGGGUUUGGUGUCUCUGAUCGCAUUGGCCUAUUUCUGGAGGAGACGGCAGAUGGACGUACGAAGUCUGUCCUCCAUGCAAAGGAACGAGGAAGCCAGCGACGCUGUGUUGUUGAUAUAAAGAGAGAUUUGAAGCAUUGAGCCACGGUACCGACGAAAAGCUCUUCCAAGAAUUGCUGAACGAACACUGGUGAUACGCGAUUGUGAAAACAUUACUGAUUGUGAUUUCUGUUGAUUGGGGAAUCCUAUGGUUUGAGGAAUUUCCCGGAAUAAAUGCGUACCAUACGGAAUUGAAGAUGAAUGUUUAAAAAAAUGAAAUUCUAUGAAGAUAGUGCUUUUACGAGAUAUCACAUCAUAGUUGAAAAGAUGUUGCUUUUGCAAGUAUUCAAAUGGUGAAGGUUAAAGGUUCUUAUUAAAUGAAUUGUUGGUUCGCUCUGGGAUGAAUCAUCCCAGACGUUGAAAAUCCCGUACAGAAAAAAAUCGUUUUUUGGGAAAGAUUGAAAAGUGUUGGUGGUCGAAUUUAUUAUUCUGUGUUUAUUGUUGAUGUCAGUGGAAGUUUUGGUGAUCGCGGCGAUUUUUUUUUGAAAGAUCCAUUUUUUCAACUAAAAUUUUUGAUUUCUUGGAUCGAUUAUUUAGUCUGAAAAAAAUCAUGGAUAUCGGUUUAUUUUCGAUUCGAUUUUUUUUUCGGUGAGAGUCGAAAGUAUUUAGAUUCAAUGUUGAGAAGUGAUUAAAUGGCAAACCUUGCCAUCUGUUUGGCAGUAUCAGUACUAGAAACUCGAUAGGCUUUUGUGAAAUGUUUUGUUAACUUUCUUCGCUUUAUUGAGUGUAAGAAACGUUUGAGAACAUUUGUAAACAAAUAGUAAAUACCUGCAGUUUUCAAAUUGUGUAGAACCGUUCAUAUGAAUCGAUUUUGUAGAUCGAUCUUUUCCUGGAGAUCGAACAAUCCUAGUUUUAUCCGCAGUUUUCCUCUAAAAUGUUCACGCC